AUGGCGUGUCAGUCAUCUGAUCAUAUCAUCUGGUCAUCCAUACAUGUGUUAUUGAAAAUGAAUCAAAUUCAUCAAAUAUGAAUUCAUCAUCAUCAUCAUCAUCAAUAGAUCGUAAUUUAUUGAAACAGAUUGUCCAACAAUCCAGUAUAUAUAGAUCAUGUCCAUUUUGGCCAAAUGAACCAGAUUAUUUAAAACGAUUAAAUAAAUUCUGGCAAAUAUCUGCCCAUUAUGAUUGGAAGGAAACAUGGGCCGUUGAACAUGAUAAUAAAUUUUAUUGUUCAUUGAAUGUGAUAAGCAAUAUUGCUAUCGGAAAUCAGAUUCGAAGAUUUUUCGGAUUAACACGUAGAAAUAUAGCAUUGGUCAGUACUAUGGGUCCAGUUUUGGCCUUUUCGACAAUCAUGGGCACUGCUAUUCAUCUUGUCUUCAUAACUGGUCCAAUAUUAGCUAAUCCGAUUGAAAAUCAUAAUAAACAAAUAAUAAGAUCAACUUUAUCACAUUUAAUUACAUCAGUGUUAUAUCCAAUUGUAUUUAUUACAGGAUCAUCAUUAUAUUAUGCAACUAAAUUUCUAACACAACCAAUACCUGAUGAUAUGGGCAUACGACCAGAGUCGAGAAAAUAUGUUUGGGAAAAAUUUAUUAAACAAAUGUUUAUCAAAAAUCGUCGUUCAUGGUCAAUUUUAGCAGUGGUCAAUGUGAUUGCUGCUUUUACAUUGACCACUAUGCAAAGUCAACAAACACAACAAUUAUUUUGUCAAGAACAUAAAAAAUAUAGAGAUGCUCAAAUGGAACAAACAAUUGGAACACAAUUUGAAUAGAGUCAAAAAAAAAUGGCAAUAAUAAUGAAAGAAUAUUAGAAUCAAUUUGUGACAAUGAAAUUCGAA